UUUGUCGAUAAUUUUUUUUGUUGUGGCCUUUUUUUUCUCUCUUCAAAUAUGAAGGUACUCUAGAAUUUAGAUUUAGUUAUCAGUAGUUUACCUUUCAGAAUUUUAAGAUUCUCAAUGACUGGAUUAUUGCUAAAGGGAUGUAAUACCACACACAACCUGUCAUAUGACCCUGAGCCAAUUCCUGCGACUAGAACUCCUCACAAUCAAAUUAUGGAGGCCGAGUUGAGAAAGAGCCGUGUACAGCUCCAAGAGGACAUCUGGCAAAACAGGGAUACAAGGUCCUCGGCCGUUCAGCUGAUGGACACAGGAUGCUCCGCAGAACGGCGUUACGAUAUUUUGAAAUUCAUUCAGCUGCUGAAAGAAAAUAGUCAGUCUCUGGUACAACUUCAGAAACUUCCUGUAGCAUUCACAGUCUUAGAGAAGUAUGCUCGUCACUUACUGAGGCCUCCCAAAGAUCGUUCAGCUCAGUGGAAACUAAUCAAAUACCAGAAUCCAAUCUUUGCCAACAAAGUGGAUGUUAUUAAGGGAGGCAGAUACGUCAUGCACCAGAUGGGUUACACUUUGGACCUGGGGGACGGGUUGUCAUUCCCUGACGGUGUAGAGCCAAAUCCUAACCAACUGGUCAGUCUGGUGGCGGAUAUCAUACUGGCCAGAGAGGAGCUGGAGACCUACUGCAGAGGAGAACACCCACAUCCCACACAAUUAGAUCCUUUCAUCUCAACCGCAAGGCAUGAGCUGAAUGGUACCUAUGUUACCAGUAAUCUACCUGAUGUUUUACCAACGCCAUUACCAAAAAUGGAAAAGGUGUUGAAAACAGCCCCACCUAUUCCAUCCCGAACGCUGAAACCUCCUUACAGUCCUACUGCAGGUUGGCAGAAUCUAGUCAUCAGCACCUGUGACAUUUGUGGUGAGAACUCCCCUGAGAUGAUCUGCACUAUUUGUGACUCCAAGCAGCUGUGUGUGUCCUGUGAUGAGAAGUGGCAUCGACACCCUAAGAGGCAGUCUCACAAACGAAACCGCCUAAAUGAACCUGAAGUAUCCCAGUCCUCACCUGCUGUAGAUGUCCGUUCAAAUAAGCACAGUACAGCACCACCUAUAGGUAACUCAUUAAGCAUCCAGCCAAGUCAGCCCCGGGAACCCUCCCCGACCCAUUCAGAUGAUUCUUACUACUCCAUUGAAGAAAGUAGUCCUGAAACAAAGGAUUCGACAGGGAGACAAUGUAAUGAAUCUGGAGCAGUUGUGCCAAAUUUGCCAAUUUUCUCAAGUGAUCAAGUGAUGCAUAGUUCGGCUGAUCUUCAGAGAAACUCCAGCCUUGGAGAGGUUGGGGAAGCCAAAGGAGGUCACCAAAGGAGUUCACCAGGAAUGCCAGCUCCAUUACCAGAUGUCUUCUUUACAGAGAACUAUGACUCCCCAAAAGCAGAAGCACAGAGAAAACUGGCCGCCUUGGAGGAUGAAAUAGUUUCAAUGGAGAAGUCCCUGGAGUCAUUGAUAGCUUCAUCGGCCAAUUUUUACAAUGAUCCAAAAUACCUGCAAAUAACACAGUCAAAGGACAUGAAGUUAAGGAAGAAAAUGGAGCUGUUGACUAAAAUCCAGAUUUUGUCUGGAUCAGCGCAGGCAGCUGUGGAGAAACAUAGGUCUCCGAGAUUGGGUGUGGAGCCUAGCAUUGAGCAGCAGGAUGUGUUUUAUCCCCCGUCAGUGUGCAGACAAACUGGCCCUGGAGGACCCCCAGUCAGAUCACAUCUGCCCCUAACUUCCUCCCCGUCCCUGCCAGUCUUCCACUACCCUCCCGCUAAAUCUCACCCACUUGUAGCCAGUCCAUCCUUGUCCCACAUCGGUAUGCCCAGUGCGGUGCAGCAGCCAAAUUCAUCUGGGAGCCUACCGCAUCGACGCCAAGUCCAAGUGGUUGGACACAAGUCAUACUCCACCCUGCCACGUGCUCCGAGUUCUCAGCCCAAGCAGACCCCUGAGAUUCACAUUGGUGCGGGCAGUAGCUGGUCCCCAAAGGUCAACAGGACCCCAAAGAUAAACCUUACUUCAUGGACCAGACUUGACCCAGACCAAAUGGGUGGCAUGGUUGCCCAGGAACAAGGCUCGACUCCUCACUCUACAAAGCAGCAAGUGCCUCACCAGUGGGAAUGUAGCCACUGUACAUACCUGAACAAACCUGGAGCUAACAUUUGCCUGAUAUGUCAUAGGACCAGUGAUGGCCCCCGGCUAGUACCAGAGGAGGUGGAGUUAGGGGAGAAGCCAAGGGAGCCCCACUCCCUGGGGCUACUUACCAGAAAUGUCCACGAGGAGAUUGAACAGGUGGUGUUGGAGAAGAAGGAAGCUCAGAAACGUUUUCUCAUAAUGAUGCAAAAUCCAGAUGACCGCCUAGAGAAGGUGCAGAAUUCUCAGAACUUUGAAGCUGAGACUAAGCUGGAUCCUCAAAUAGAAGAAAAACGCACCCCAAAAUCUGAGUUUCAUUCAGAACUUAGUCACCAAGAGCAGAUUGGUGGGCUGGAGUUUGCAAAUGCUGACUCACUGGAGACAUCGCCAAAUGACAGUGGACUAUCAGCUUCCUCUGCUGGGCUGUCUUGGGAGGGGAGCAGAGACGUAGCACAAGCCCUAGAGGCUGUCAAUCAUCACAGGGCAGCAAAACAGCAACUGGAUGAUGGCAAGAAAGUCAUUGCUUUGCUCAGGGAUGCCGACAAGCUCGGCUUUGUGCCAGAGGAACUACAGAUUGCUUUGGAAAUGUGUGGAAAUAAAAAGCCUGUCGAUUGGUUAAAAGAAAACUGGCAAGAUAUGAUUGACACAGUCAUCGCAUUGGCAACCAGCGAAGGCCAAGCUAGCACCCACAAUGACAUUGGGCAGAUAACAGAUGUGGAGGCGAAAGAGUCAUUGAAAAAGGCAUGGGGAAAUGUCGAAGAGGCCGUGAAAGACUGUGUUAGCAAAAGGAAGAAAAACUUCCAGCAUUUAGUCAUGGAGGGGCCAUUUCCAAGGGAGGCAAUCCUACGUUGUCUGCAUCAAAGGAAGGGAGACGUUGAGAAGGCACUCACAGAUCUUCAGCAAGCUCAGCUGCAGCCUUACCUAGAGCGUAUUUGGCAGAAUCCUAAUAACAGCCAACCAGAAGCAUUGCUGAUGGCAGCAGCCAAUCACGAACAAGACUUGGUGGCCAACAGUGUGAUUAGCCAUGAAGAUUUUCAGGAGAAGGUUCGGGAUGGAGCUGUAGAUUAUGAGCGUCGUGUACGAAUGGUGCUGGUAGAGGGCAGGCUUCAGGGCUGGAUCAGAGCUAAGGCUGUCAUCCACAUCUUCACCCGCCCUGACCAGAACUUUGCUCUCCAGGAUGUGAUUGAGGCUGUGAAGAACUGCGGGGAUGUUGCCAGCUCUCUCGUUUACCUCCAACAGGAAUGUGAAAUCUGCUUCUCCAACUAUCCCAUGAGCAAGAUUCGUAAUUUCACCCACUGUCCGUGUAAGAUCUGCACAGAGUGUUUGACCCAGCACUUGGAGCUAGUCAUCAAGGAGCAGUUCAUCAGGAACUGGGCCUGCCCCGUGUGCCAGAGACCGGAUAUACAGCAGGAUGACCAGGCCGCUCAGGAACAUUUCACCUUCCUAGACAUGCUGCUACCUAUGUUGGUUAGUAGAGAGGUGAGGGAAAUGUUCCAGACCAAGUUAAGGGACUGGAGGCUGAUGCAAGACCCAAACUUCCGCUGGUGUGCUCAUUGUGGCAAUGGGUUUAUCUUCAAUGCUGACCAGCUCAAAAUGGAGUGUACUUCUUGUAAUCAACAUACCUGCUUCAAGUGUAAAAAGCCAUGGGAAGUUCAGCAUGAGGGCUUGUCCUGUGAAGAGUUUGCCCAGUGGAAGUUUGAUAAUAGUCCAGAGAAUCAAGCUACAGGUCUUGCACGACAUCUGGAUCAAAAUGGAAUAGUGUGCCCCAGCUGUAAGAUGCGAUACGCGCUGGCUAAGGGUGGUUGUAUGCAUUUCAAAUGUCCUCAGUGUGGGCACGAGUUCUGCAGUGGCUGUAUGUUACCGUUUAGGAGAGCCGAGAGCUGUAAGCAGUUUCUCUGGUGUCAUAGUCAAGGCCUCCACUGCCAUCACCCCAGGAACUGUUUCUUCUACCUGAGAGAUAAUGAGGUGGAGGAGCUUCAGAAGUUGUUAAAGAAGCAGAAUGUGGAGUUUGAUAUCGCCCCACCCCCAGGUCAGGAAAACACGCGGUUUUGUCCAGUACAGGAACAGAAGGAACUGUCCGAUAGGUGGAAGGAUGAGGCGUGUGGCAGGGAGGUGAAGGAGGGACAUGCAGGCCUCUGCCAACUACACUACAAAGAGUACCUGGUGGACUUGAUCAACAAGAACAACAUAGACCCUGUGGAUAUAAUGGAUGUGGACAAAAUUAAGAAUCUUCUAAUCAAGAUGGAGAAAGCCACACCAGCAAUGGCCAAAAACGAGGGGAGAGCAGUGUACCAUAGGCGUCUCACACGGGUAAGGCCUCAGUACCAUAAACACCUCACACGGGUGAGGGCUCAGUACCAUAAACACCUCACACGGGUAAGGCCUCAGUACCUUAAACACCUCUCACAGGUAAGGCCUCAGUACCGUAAACACCUCACACAGGUAAAGGCUCAGUCCCAUAAACACCUCACGCAGAUCAUGGGGGAGACCACUGCACCUCACCAGGGACUUAUCUUACAGGUAGACUUCAUAUUGCCGGGCAGAUCCUGGAGGAAACUACUGCACCUCAUCAGAUCAUGGAGGAGCCUCUGCACCUUGCAAGCCAAACUCAAUUCAGCAAGUGACAGAGCUGUCUAUAACUAUGCCUCAGCCAAACUCAAUUCAGCAAGUGACAGAGCUGUCUAUAACUAUGCCACAGCCAAACUCAAUUCAGCAAGUGACAGAGCUGUCUAUAACUAUGCCUCAGCCAAACUCAAUUCAGCAAGUGACAGAGCUGUCUAUAACUAUGCCUCAGCCAAACUCAAUUCAGCAAGUGACAUAGCUGUCUAUAACUAUGCCACAUCCAAACUUAAUUCAACAAGUGACAGAGCUGUCUAUAACUACAUGUAUGCCACAGCCAAACUUAAUUCAGCAAGUGACAGAGCUGUCUAUAACUAUGCCACAGCCAAACUCAAUUCAGCAAGUGACAGAGCUAUCUAUAACUAUGCCACAGCCAAACUUAAUUCAACAAGCCACAUAGCUGUCUAUAACUAUGCCACAGCCAAACUCAAUUCAACAAGCCACAUAGCUGUCUAUAACUAUGCCACAUCCAAACUCAAUUCAGCAAGUGACAGAGCUGUUAACAAAUUAUGA